UUACUCAGAAAUCAGAAACCAUGGCUGAAUACAUCAUCUUCUUCCUCAUAUGGCUAAUCUCCACCAUCAUAAUCCGAACCCUAAUCAAGCAACGAUCUUCUACUUCUAGAAGCCUUCCCCCAACGCCACGUGGCUUACCGAUCAUCGGCCAUCUCCAUCUUCUAUCCCCAAUACCCCACCAAGCCCUAGCGAAGCUCUCGUCCAAACACGGGCCGUUAAUCCACAUCCGCCUCGGAUCUUACCCAUGCCUCAUCGUUUCAUCGCCGGAGAUCUCGAAAGAAAUCCUCAAAACACACGAGAGCUCCUGCUCCAAUCGCCCCCAAAACGCCGCCAUCGAUUACCUCACCUACGGCUCACAGGAUUUCACCUUCGCACCUUACGGCCCGUACUGGAAGUUCAUGAAGAAGCUCUGCAUGUCCCGCCUCCUCGGCGGGCCCACCCUCGACCUCCUCCGGCCCGUUCGGGCCCACGAGAUCAAUCGGCUCGUUCAGUUCGUGGCGAGCAAGGCGGGAAACGGCGAAUCGGUGGAUAUUGGAGGUGAGUUUGUGAGAACGACGAAUAAUGUGAUAUCGAGUAUGAUCAUGAGUCAACGGUGCUCCGGCGACGGAGAAGGUGGAGCUGAGGCGGUGAGGAAACUGGUUCAGGAUAUUGCGGAGCUCACGGGUAGGUUUAAUGUGUCGGAUUAUAUUUGGUUCUGUAAAAAUUUGGAUUUGCAGGGGUUUGGUAAGAGGAUGAAAGAUGUCCGCGACAUGUUCGAUGAAAUGACUGAGAGAAUUAUCGACGAGCAUCUCGUUCGAAGGAGGGAAUAUUCGCAGGAAUCUGUGAAGGAUCUUCUUCAUAUAUUACUUGAUAUAGCUGAAGAUUCAGCUUCUGAAUUUAAGCUAACAAGACAGAAUAUCAAGGCUUUUAUCCUGGACUUAUUUACUGCUGGAACAGAUACAUCAGCAAUCACACUACAAUGGGCACUCUCAGAGCUAAUAAAUCACCCUGAAAUAAUGCAAAAAGCGGCUCAAGAAAUCGACUCUCUCAUAGGAAACAACGAAAGACUCGUCCAAGAAUCGGAUAUUACUAAUUUGCCCUACCUUCAAGCCAUCGUAAAAGAAACACUAAGGCUCCACCCAACGGCCCCACUAAUCGGUAGACAGUCGAGCGAAGACUGCACUAUUGCAGGGUACUGUAUUCCGGCCGAGACUCGAUUAUUCGUGAACGUGUGGGCCAUAGGAAGAAACCCCGAUUAUUGGGAAAACGCGCUCGAGUUUAUUCCGGAGAGGUUUAUUUCGUCUGAGUUGGAUUUGAGAGGGCAGCAUUAUCAUUUCUUGCCGUUUGGGAGCGGUAGAAGAGGAUGUCCUGGAAUAUCAUUGGCUUUGCAGGUUGUUCAGACAACCUUAGCUGCGAUGAUUCAGUGCUUUGAGUGGAAAGCCGACGGAGUUAGUACUCGUGUGGAUAUGGAAGAAGGGAUCGGAAUGACAUUGCCGAGGGCUAAUCCUCUCGUUUGUUCUCCGGUUUUGAGGCUCAAUUCCAUUCCAUCUAAUAUUUUUUUUUAGUUCAAUUGCUCAAUAUAUAU